CAGCGCCAUGGGCUGGCGGCCGCCCGCCCCGCGCCGGGCCCGCUGCCUCCUGCUGCUGCUGCUGCUGGCGGGCGGCGCGGCGCCAUGGGGAGCGCAGCGAGGCGCGGGCGAGCGGGGGGGAACGGCGAGGUACGAAGCCGUGAAGAAGCAGCUGGGAGCUGUGGGUGCUGUCUCCAAGCAGUACUGGCAGUACCUGGCGUGCAAGGUGUGGCAGGAGGGCUGCGAGCAGGAGAAGGAAGAAGAAUCCAGUCCCAGCCCAGGCUGGGGCUUGCCUCUGGUGGGACAGGAUUAUCUGGAGAUCCUCUCUGGCUGGUACUGCAGCUUCGGCAGGUGCUGUGAGACGGGCGACUGCAGGAUAGUCAACAACAUCACAGGGCUGGAGGCAGAGCUCAGCGGGCAGCUCCACGGGCAGCACUUGGCCAAGGAAGCAGUGGUGCGGGCGCUGCGAGUGUUCCUGCAGAGCCCACGGCCAGGAAAGCCUCUGGUUCUCUCCUUCCAUGGCUGGUCCGGCACCGGCAAGAAUUUCGUGGCUCGGCUGGUGACCAGACACCUGUACCGGGAUGGGCUGAAGAGCGAGUGUGUCAGGGUCUUCAUUGCCCUCUUCCACUUCCCCCAUCACACGUACGUGGACUCGUACAAGGCUCAGCUGAAGAAGCAGAUCAGCGAGAUUGUGCAGCACUGCAAGCAGCCCCUGUUCAUCUUCGAUGAGGCAGAAAAACUUCAUUUCAGCCUUCUGGAUGCCAUCAAGCCCUUCAUGGCUCACUACAACGACAAGGACCAAGUGGAUUACAGCAGAUCCAUCUUCCUCUUCCUCAGCAAUCUCGGUGGCAACACCAUCAAUGAGGUAGCCCUGGAUUUCUGGCGAGCCGGCCGUGCACGGGAGGAGAUCUCCAGGGAGCUGCUGGAGCAGCGGCUGCGGCUGGAGCUGCAGGAGCCCGCGGAGAACGGUUACGCUCACAGCCACCUCCUCCAAGAGAACCUCAUCGACGUCCUGGUGCCAUUCCUGCCUCUGGAACACCGGCACGUGAAGCUCUGUGCCCGCGAUGCCUUCCUGGCGCGGGGCCUGCCGUACAGCGAGGCAGCCCUCCAGGAGGUGGCCAACAUGAUGGUGUUUGUCCCCAAAGAGGAGAAGCUUUUCUCUGCACAGGGCUGCAAAUCUGUAUCCCAGCGCAUCAAUUACUUCCUCCCUUGAAUGCUGCUUGGAACUGGGAGCUGCUUUCCUUGCCCAAGGUCAGGAAGGUGAUGGCCCAGCCUUGCCCUGGCACGGAGGACAGGACUUAAGGCCUUCUGCUCCAAGGGCUGUCUGCAGGGAAGGAGGGGCACCCCCUGCCCAGCGACACGGGGACAGCCUGCGUUGUAAGUCCCUCUUUUAGCAGUCAGUAGCCAGAAGCAGUGAUUUGGCCAUGCCCAUAGGUGCUUGCUUUGAUGUGAGCAGGGAUGUCCAGGUUUGUGAGCACAGUCUGAAGACCUGGGCCAGACUGGUCCUGGUGAGAUGGUCCUGCAGAAGCCUCAUCCCUGUCCCCAGCUGGCUCUGAACUGUUUUGCUGGAGGUGAAUUUUCCCUCUGUUGCUCUCCUGCAUUCACAGGGUGUCUGCUAGGUUUGUGCAGGGAGGCCCUUGUGUGGAGAAAAUGACCGAAUAAUCUCCUCUGGAGAUGUGAAAUCCUUAACCUCUUGCUUUGGAAUGUCCCUCUCCUUGGAGCCUUCCGUUGUAUGGAGGCAGCUGCAGGGAUGACAGCAAUGUCUGCUGAAAUUCUACCAUUCAGGAAAGUACUUUUCAAAGCCCUUUGCCUCACUGCAAAAUGAGAAAGGGGAGACUAAUUCUCCUUCCAAGGGCAGUGGUGGGUUCAGGGGGCUGGUGGCUGAGCAGGCUGCAGCUGAGUUUGUUUCCAGGGAUGCAGCAAGCUUGAGGGGUUGGUUUUUUCUUUUCAGUCCGUCGCAUGCUGUGGAGUUUUGUGGCUGGUAUCAGCAUUAUUACACCAAGGGUCUGUUUGCUGUCUGGUCACUUGCCAGGUGAUAAGUGUGUUACAGCAGGACCCAAAAAAAAAAUUUCAACAGUAUUUCGGGAAUCACUUUGUGACCUGUGGGUCAAAACUCCCUUCCAACGGGGCGAUGCCCUGGGGCAGCACGUGCUGGGGGCGGGCUCAGCCCCCGCUGACCUUUGCUCUGCCUCAAGCUCCCAGCCUGCACCAGCAGCACCACCUCUGGGGAAGGAUUCACCAGCCCUGCAUUCUGAGUUGGUGUUUCCCUGUGGGCAAGCCGGCUCCUGUUAUCCAAGGAGGCUUUCAGAGUCCAAGGCAGGCAGCUGCUUCCUGGCUGCUCAGCUGAGGCCUUCUUUAAACUCCCCCGAGGGCCUGUGGGCAGCCAUCAGGCCUGUCUGACACUUGGGUUGUGGUUAAUCUCUACAUCACAAGUGUCACACCUGAACUCCAGCCUGGAAACACCUGAGGGGGCCGUGGGUGGGGGAAGGGGACCCACAGCCUGAGUUGUGUUGUGUAACUUGGGCAGGAAGUUCAGAAAGCUGUUAGUUAAUUAGGAGGCUGGAUGUGCCAGGGUUGGGGUUUGGUUUUAAGUAGAGAAGAAUCUUCAUCUGUGCAGGUUAGGCUGAUGGAGGAGAGGGUGGUGCCGCUAAUGAGGGCAACAUCAGUGUGAAGGGGUAAGAGCUCGUUCCUGCUGACUGCUCCAGUAUUGUUUGAUUCUACAGCCCCAACAGCAAGAGCCACUCUCCUCUGAACACUCCACAGCCACAUGGUUUGAUUGUUUUUUAAAGGCAAAAAUAAAAAGAGACUGCUUUUACUUUGUAGUCUGGCAGAAGGAAAUGAUUUCUCUUUUUAAGAGGUUUAUAGUAAUCCUCUACACAAAGCUACAAACCUCAGGUUAGUGCCGAGAAGCUUCAAAUACUGUGUAAGGAAGGGCGGGGGGGAAAGAGCAGCAUAAGCACAAGUGGUUGGUUGGGGUUUUUUUUGCCAAUAAAAUAUUGCAACCUUUAUUUAAAACAAAAUGCAAAUUGGCAAAACUUUGUGGAACGACAGGCAGAGAGGCCCCUCCCAGGGCCUUAUUUACAUCAAGUUUAACACUGUUUGCAGUUCACAGUCAGACGAUAGUGAGAGAAUUAAAUUAGAAAAACAACCAAAAUAUAUUACAGUAACAAUUAAAAACGAAAAAACAGUUGACAACACUGGUA